AUGGCGACCCCUCUGACCUUCGUCUAUAGAUACGCCAUUCCGAUUGCGUUUGGUGUUUCGUUUGCCCAGGCAUCUAUGUACGAUGUCAAGGGUGGCACAAGAGCAGUUAUUUUCGACAGACUGAGUGGUGUUCAAGAUAAAGUCGUCAAUGAAGGAACACAUUUCCUUGUUCCGUGGUUGCAAAAGAGUAUCAUCUACGAUGUGAGAACGAAGCCUCGAAAUAUCUCAACGACAACUGGAAGUAAGGAUCUGCAGAUGGUUAGUUUAACGCUGAGAGUAUUACAUCGCCCUGAGGUGCAGAAGCUGCCCAAGAUCUACCAGUCUCUUGGGCAAGACUACGAUGAAAGGGUCCUCCCGUCCAUCGGCAAUGAAGUCCUCAAGUCCAUUGUCGCCCAAUUCGAUGCCGCAGAACUUAUCACCCAGAGAGAAGCCGUUUCCAACCGGAUACGUACCGACCUCAUGCGCCGUGCUCAAGAAUUCAACAUCGCCCUAGAAGACGUCUCCAUCACCCACAUGACUUUCGGUAAGGAGUUCACUCGAGCCGUCGAGCAGAAGCAAAUUGCCCAACAAGAUGCGGAAAGAGCGCGAUUUAUUGUCGAGAAAGCCGAGCAGGAGCGCCAGGCGAACGUUAUUCGAGCCGAGGGUGAAGCUGAGAGCGCCGAUAUUAUCAGCAAGGCCGUCGCCAAGGCUGGUGAUGGUUUGAUCCAGAUUCGACGAAUUGAAGCCAGCCGAGAGAUUGCGCAGACGCUGUCCACCAACCCCAACGUCACAUAUCUCCCUGGCGGUGAAGGUGGAAAUGGGGGAGGCAAGAGUACCAGCCUUUUGCUUGGAUUGAGAUCGUAA